UCUCGGCUCCUUCUUCGGUCCUUUAGCCCUGCCCAGCACUUCCACGUGGGUGUCUGGAGCACGAGUCCGCUUCCUGCUUCCGGCCUCGGAGGAGGUGACGUUGCCGGCUGUCUGCUUCCUCUCCACGAGGCUGUCGGUUACGGAGCGAGCUAGCGGCCGUACUACUAUGCCGGGGAAGCUUCUCUCAGAGACCGAGAUCGAAUCGGAGGCGGUCAUGGAGGCGGCGGAGCAGACGCGGAAACAUAAGCAUAAGAAAGAUAAAAAAGAGAAAUCAAAAAAUGAUAAACUGGAAAAGGAGCCCCAGGAAGAGACUGAGGAGCUUGACUCACCUAAGCCCAAGAAGGUAAAAAGGGGGGAAGAAGUCAUUUCUCCAAAGCCUAAAAAGGCUAAGAAGAAAGAACAACUCCCAGAGGAUGAGGAAGACUCUUCUCCUAAACCAAAAAAGGCCAAAAAGAGUGAGGAAGGGUCUGUGGAUGAGCCCAAAAGCCUGAAAGAGAGAGGGGGGGCUUCUACAGAUGAGGUCAGCCCUAAGGCCAAAAAGACUAAAAAGAAAGAGGUGCCUUCUGAAAAUGAAAGCCCCCUGAAGCCUAAGAAGACCAAGAAGAAGGACAGAGAAGUAAAUGGAGACACUGGAGAAAAAAGACCAAAACUAGAGAAGGUGAAAGUAAGUAAUGGACUGUCCCACUCCAAACAGGCAUCUGAUUCUGAGGAGUCCUCCGAUGAAGAAAGUCACAGUGAGGAGGAGCAGGAAAAUCAUCUUCCUAAAGGAUUAGAAAGCCACACCCUUAGUUCUAAAGCAUUAAAAUCCCAGUUGCCAGCUGGACUGACAAAACAGGUCAAAGAAGAAGAAGAAGAAGAAGAAGAUGAUGAUGAUGAUGAUGAUGAUGAUGAAGAUGAAGACCAAGAGUUAGAGAACCCCAAAAAAGACAAAAAGAAGGAAAAUGAGAAAGAUUCUAAUGCUGAAGACACUGAGGAGUUAUCUGCAGAGCAGAAAGAAGGCGCUUUCUCUAAUUUUCCCAUCUCUGAAGAAACGAUUCAACUCCUCAAAGCCCGAGGAGUGACCUACCUGUUUCCUAUACAAGCAAAGACGUUUCAUCAUGUGUCUAGUGGGAAGGACUUAAUCGCUCAAGCCCGGACAGGAACGGGGAAGACGUUCUCUUUUGCCAUCCCCUUAGUUGAAAAACUUCAGGGAGAUUCUCAGCCCCGACCAAGAGGCCGUGCACCGAAGAUCCUGGUCCUCGCGCCUACAAGGGAGUUGUCGAUCCAAGUCAGCAAAGACUUCAGCGACAUCACCAAGAAGUUGACGGUGGCUUGUUUCUAUGGUGGAACACCCUAUAAUGGCCAGAUUGAUCUCAUUCGGAGAGGGAUCGACAUCUUGGUGGGCACCCCAGGUCGCAUCAAAGACCAUUUGCAGAACGGCCGGCUGGAUCUCACCAAGGUGCAGCAUGUUGUGCUGGAUGAAGUGGACCAGAUGUUGGACAUGGGCUUUGCUGAGCAGGUGGAAGAAAUUUUAACUGUGGCUUAUAAGAAAGAUUCGGAAGACAACCCCCAGACGUUGCUUUUUUCUGCAACUUGUCCUCACUGGGUGUAUGAUGUGGCCAAGAAAUACAUGAAAUCCACUUAUGAACAAGUUGACCUUAUUGGGAAGAAGACACAGAAAGCUGCGGUGACUGUGGAGCAUUUGGCCAUCAACUGCCACUGGUCUCAGAGGGCAGCAGUCAUUGGUGACGUCAUCCAGGUCUAUAGCGGGAGUCAUGGACGGACCAUUAUUUUCUGUGAGACAAAGAAGGAAGCUCAGGAGCUCUCUUUGAAUGAAUCAAUAAAGCAGGAUGCCCAGUCAUUGCAUGGAGAUAUUCCGCAGAAACAAAGGGAAAUUACCCUCCAGGGUUUCCGGAAUGGUAAAUUUGGUGUCCUAGUGGCGACUAAUGUGGCUGCUCGGGGCUUAGAUAUCCCUGAGGUUGAUCUGGUUAUACAGAGUUCUCCUCCAAAGGAUGUAGAGUCCUACAUUCAUCGUUCUGGACGUACAGGCCGAGCUGGUCGGACUGGAAUCUGCAUUUGCUUUUAUCAGAAGAAGGAGCAGCACCAACUGGCACAGGUGGAACGGCAGGCGGGGAUCACAUUCAAGCGCGUGGGUGUUCCUAGUGCUUCUGAAAUAAUUAAAGCCUCCAGUAAAGACGCCAUCAGGUUUUUGGAUUCGGUGCCCCCUGCGGCCAUUAACAACUUCAGGCAGACGGCUCAGAAACUGAUUGAUGAAAAGGGGGCUGUGGAAGCCCUGGCUGCAGCAUUAGCCCAUAUCUCGGGGGCCACCACUGUAGAACAGCGUUCCCUGAUCAACUCAGAUGUGGGCUUUGUGACGAUGGUUUUGCAGUGUUCCAUAGAGAUGCACAACAUUGGAUAUGCUUGGAGGGGGCUCAAGGAGCAGCUGGGGGAAGAGAUUGACGACAAAGUAACUCGAAUGACCUUCCUCAAGGGGAAGAUGGGUGUUUGCUUUGAUGUCCCUGCUGCAGAAGUAAAAUCAUUCCAGGAUAAUUGGCAGGACUCGAGGCGCUGGCAGCUCUCUGUGGCCACAGAGAGACCCGAGUUGGAGCAGCAGCCUGAUGAAGGCAGGGGCUUCUCUAAUUUCCGGAGUGGUGGUGGCCGUGGUGGCCGAGGCGGUGGCCGCGGUGGUGGUGGCCGAGGCGGUGGUGGCCGAGGUGGCCGGAGUGGUGGUUUCAACAGGAAUGACAAAUUUCAAAACAGAGGCCAGAAGCGAAGUUUUCAGAGAGCAUUUUCUCACCGUUAGGAUGCACAAAAGGUCAGGACUACAUGUGGAGACAGCUCUGCACUCUGCAGUGACUAUACAGAAUAUUAGACCUGUUUCCUGUUUCCCUUUAACCACUCACCAGAGCAGUCUUUAGUGCUCACUGCAUUGCAUGGUGUCUGCCUUUGGGUUCUUCCAUCCUUUUAUUUGUCUGCCAAGUCUACAAAGGUUUUAGUUUGAGGACAGCAUCCCAAAUGUAUGUAUUCUCAUUCUAAAACUCAUGUCAAUAGAUUGCUUUAAAUCAAGACCAUUCUCUACCCAGAAUGCCCUCCUUUGGAGGUAGUUGUUAUCAGGUGUCUCUGGAUACAGUUUUACCCUAAGGACAGUCUCCUGGGCAUUCAAGCUCCAAGGACCCUUCCUGCACAGCCAAAGAUUGUUUUUGCAACAGAUAUUCCCAGUUGACCUGUUGGAUGAAUUGCCCUGGGGGAGUCAUCAGCUAUGGGUAAAUACUGAUGAGCAUUGGGCAUUUGGCUUGUUCUAGAGCCUGGGGCCUGCCAACUGGUAUAUUCACAGAGUAAGACUGGAUUUGCUAUUAAAGAGUGUGUUUUUGUACAUCUAAUGCAGUUUUGGUGCUCAAGAAAGAAAUUACAGGCAUUCUCGGUGGUGUGGGAUCCAAGUUGCUUGAACCAGUUUCUAUCAGGCCUUCCUGAUAAGUGAAGAAAAACAAGUGAAUUUGACAAAAGGUGUCUAACGGUGUUGGACAUCAGAAGAUAAUUUCAUCUCCAUUCUCACCUGGGAAGAAAGAAAGGAAGGAAGGCAAAUAUUUUAAAAUCUACUUAAUUUGAACUCUUAUUCCAUUUAGGAAAGAAACAUUGCUAUUUAUUAGAAUGGGAAAAAUGUGGAUUUGCUAAGCAGAUGAAAUAAACUGUUGGAUAACUUUUUUAAUUAUGAGAAGAAUUUCAGACACCAUCCUAGGGAGGCGUAAAACCCGGUGCAGUGAUUGGCAAGCUGGCUCUCUUUUAGUAGUAGGAAAAUAAUUGCUGAUUCUCAUUCUGUAAAUUUCUAUGACCCUGUAAUGUUAGUGUUCAUUUGCUUUUUUAUUCUGCAGACAUUUAUUAAGCACCUACUGUGUGCUAGAGGAUGUUCUGUGUGAAAAUGGUUUAUUCAAUCACUGGACUCUUCCUGUUCUGUCAAGUUUCUUUGGAGACUCCCAUCUAUGAUCUGAGUCAUGUCCAUUCCUCCCCCCAUAAGGGUGUGCUCUGACUGGGUUUCCAUUCCUCCUCUGCGGAAUCUUCUGUGGCCUUCUCCUAGACCCUGCCCCUUGACAAAUGCUGGGACACCCUCAUGUACCUGAUAGGGCAAGGCUUGUGGACCCUUGCCUGUCUCUGUGCGGGGGUGUCUUAGGCCUAACAGUUAAAAUGAGCAGUUAACAAGCUUUUGUGAAGCCCCUUUUGGGGUUACCCACCCCAAUAACAUUUAGUGGAAGGAACACUGGGUUUGGAAUCAGAAGAUUUGGGUUUGAAUUUCUGCUCUGUUCCUUACUAGCAAAUCUUUCAAAUCCCUGGACCUCAGUUUCCCAAAGUGUAGAAUGAGAGGGCAGACUUCUGCCUCCUGUGUCCUGGAGACUCCCAUUUUUUUCUCCUUUGGCUCUCUGAAGCUCCAGUUCAUUGAAGACCUUCCUUCCCCCCCCCCCCAUCCCCCCUCAGCUGCUCUGAUUGGUGGAGAAAUGCAGCCGCUUUAGAAAGUGGUGUCAUGAGCAACUGAAUCCCCAUUCACUGAUGCUCUUGGAAAUUGACUCGUUCUGGCUCUGGUUGUUCACGCCUACAUCUGUGAAGGUGAGGGGUUUCACCCUCAAUCCUCGCACCCCCUUGUCAUCUCGGGAUGCUCUUCUGAAGGCCUGGACGUCUGGCUUUGGUUGGAUUAGGACCCUUGGUUUUUUAGAUGGUGAAAGCGACUCCCCAGAGAAGGAGCUCCAAUAAGGUAUGUGGAGUACAUGUACAUCGAGUACAUGGCAGAGCUUCCAUCUCGAGCCCAGAGCUUGUGGCCCUGCGUCAGAUCCUCUUUUAGUGCUGGCUUCGUGGCAUUUCACCCCUCUUGCCUAGGUCUGUGUUGGGGCUAUGGGGAGGGGAAGGGCUUUUACCACAAAAUUUGGUUCACAAAACUUUGCGCCUCAUUCCUACAAGUUAUCUGCCUCUGCCCAAAGUGUGGGCGAACCUUUGCUCCUUAGCCAAUAACCUUUAUUUUAGAACUAAAGCCACCUAGCAUUGGUGGGGCAGCCUAAAGAGGGGCGUUGGGAGUGCAGGCUCUUGUGCUUGGGAAUCAAAAAUGCUCCCACCAUGCAAAAAGGGACACAGGAAUGCAAAAGCUAGUGUAGCGCACUUGAGCUUUGGAGAAUUAGACUUUCAAAGGAACAUGCCAGCAUUCAAAAAAGGGCUGGGCAACAAUGUGAUAAGACUCCAUUCAUUAGAACCCAUGAUGUGCUUUAUAAAGGAGGUUUUGUUGGGCUGGCCCAGGACCUCACCACCAUUUAGCAUUUACUUCCCUUGUGUUCCAAAUGGCUUUUUAUCAAAUGAAUUUAUAGAACACACUCUGGUCAGGAAUUGGCAACUGUCAACAGAAAUGAUUAAAAGUAAAUAUUUUCUAAAAUACUGUCUUAUAAUAAAAACUUAGUUUCCUUA